AUGAACGUCCCUGCAGUAGUACUAAUCCCCACUCUCACUCCCACUGCCUUGGAAUGGGACAGCCUGCAGCAGGGAUUGGAAGGAGAGGUGGUGGAAGAGUGGGACUUGUGUCAUCAAUCAGCGUCUGGGGUUGGAGUGUCUGAUAGGUGGCUGGAGGGAGCUCUACCUCUGCGUAGAGUGAGGGAAGAGGGAGGACUCUAUUGGGGUGAGGAGGCCUGGUCUGAACCUGGGGACGAGGAAAGGAACCGGGCCCUCCAGCAGACACCUGUCCUCCUGGUCCAGCAGGCUGAUGUAUGUACCGUUGGGCCGAAGGGGCUACCGGGGCCUGCUAACAAGAGCCCAGGUGUCCUGUCAGGCCUACCUGAUGGCUGCAGGGUCCUGGGAGGGGUCCUGGCAACUGACUGCUGCAGAGGAGACCUGUCCAGGGCCGGAGCCCACUACGGUGGCCCUGCAGGGACCUCAUUAAGCACUGCUGUAUCCUAUCUGCAGAGAGGAGACGGAGGAGGAAUAGAUGGGUGGACGGAGGAACGAACGGACCGUGCCCACCUCCCACAGGCCAGCAGCAGCUCAACAUACACACAGACCUCUCCCUCUCGGUUUGACACACACACACCGUCUGUGUCUCAGCUCGACAAUCACAGCCAGACAACACACACUGCCUCUCAGUCUCAGAUUGACACACACAAUUGCAGCCAGGCAACACACACUGCCACUCGGCAGGACAGACACAGACGCAGCCAGGCGGUACGCGGCCUACCGCUAGAGGCUUUGGAGGGCCAGUUCAGUCGUGUCAUGAUGGAUCGAUCCAGGAUGACGGUGGAGGGCCACAGGGAGAAUGACAAGGAGGGGGAUGCUGGGGCUAGGAGGGAAGAUGUGGAGCAGAGCUUCAGGCUGGGCGCUCUGGUUAGCAGGGUGUUUAGGGAGGAGGAGGAGCGGAAGGAGGAGCCAGAGGAGGAGAACCAGUUCUCUGUCUCUGGACUAAGUGCUCUGGUUAGAAGGGUAUGCCAGAUCUCUGGGAUUGAAGGGGAGCAGGAGCUAGACUAUCUGGGGGAAGAGGUCUCUGGGAUGGGUUCUCUGGUCAGCAGGGGGCUCUCCUGGAUGUUUCCGGACACAGGCCGUCUCCUUCGCAGCUCCACCCCCAGGAUCCUGCAGCAGGUCUGGGAAGGUACAGGAGUUCUGCAGUCCGCAGCUGGGGGAGGGGCUGGGAGUCUGCAGCCUGGAGCUGGGGGAGGAGCCAGCUCCAACUGGUCCAGUCAGGUUGUGAGGGAAAGUCGGGUGCUGUCGGUGGUCAAAGAUAGCCAGGUCUUCUCAUUGGUCAGAGAGAGUCACAUGUACUCCCUGGUCCGAGACAGUCAGGUGUUCUCUAUGGUCAGUGAGCUGCCGUUUGUGCAUCACAUCAGCACAGAGCUAACUCAAGACUUCGGGAUCAUUCACAAUAAGCUCACUCAGGUUCUACAGCCAGUGGAGUCAACUGGACUCCAGCAGAAAGAUAUUGACCUCAACAAAACACCAGAAAUAAAACUGCCCCUAGUCCACAACACUGUCCUCAGCACAGUACCGAGCCUGUACCCAGCCCACAACACCAUAGAAUUUGCAAAUAAACAGAGCACAGGUAAAGAAGUGGAUUGGAGAACAGAGGACCACAGCCCCAUCAGUGAACUGGCUUGUACAUCAGAGCAGGAGGGCAAAGAGGAGGCUCUAGCUAAGUCGGAGGAACAGAGUCCUGUCAGAGAACUGCAGUGUACAUCAGAGCACCAAGGCAGAGAAAAAUCUCUAGCUAAGUCUGAGGAACAGAGGACCAUCAGAGAAGUGGAGUCUACAUCGGAGCAGGAGGGCAGAGAGGAAGCUCUAGCUAUGUCGGAGGAAUGGAGCCCCAUUAGAGAAGUGGAGUCUACAUUGGCGCAGGAGGGCAGAGAGGAAGCUCUAGCUAAGUCGGAGGAACAGAGUCCCAUCAGAGAACUGCAGUGUACAUCAGAGCACGGGGGUGGAGAUGAAGCUCUAGCUAAGUCAGAAGAACCAAGUCCCAUCAGAGACGUGGAGUGUACAUCGGAGCAGGAGGGCAGAGAGGAAGCUCUUCGUAAGUUGGAGGAACAGAGUCCUGUCAGAGAACUGCAGUGUACAUCAGAGCACGAGGGUGGAGAGGAAGCUCUAGCUAAGUCAGAAGAACCAAGUCCCAGCAGAGAACUGGCUUGUACAUUGGAGCAGGAGGUCAUAGAGGAAGCUCUAGCUAAGUCGGAGGAACAGAGUCCCAUCAGAGAACUGCAGUGGACAUCAGAGCAUGAGGGUAGAGAGGAAGCUCUAGCUCAGUCGGAGGAACAGAGUCCUGUCAGAGAACUGCAGUGUACAUCAGAGCACGAGGGCAAAGAAGAAGUUCAAGCUCUGUCGGAGGAACAGAGUCCUGUCAGAGAACUGGAGUGUGCAUCAGAGCACGAGGGCAAAGAAGAAGCUCAAGCUCUGUCGGAAGAACCACGUCCCAUCAGAGAACUGCAGUGUAUAUCAGAGCACGAGGGUGGAGAUGAAGCUCUAGCUAAGUCAGAAGAACCAAGUCCCAUCAGAGACGUGGAGUGUACAUCGGAGCAGGAGGGCAGAGAGGAAGCUCUACCUAAGUUGGAGGAACAGAAUCCCAACAGAGAACUGCAGUGUACAUCAGAGCAUGUGGGUGGAGACGAAGCUCUAGCUAAGUCAGAAGAACCAAGUCCCAGCAGAGAACUGGCUUGUACAUUGGAGCAGGAGGUCAUAGAGGAAGCUCUAGCUCAGUCGGAGGAACAGAGUCCUGUCAGAGAACUGCAGUGUACAUCAGAGCACCAGGGCAGAGAAAAAUCUCUAGCUAAGUCUGAGGAACAGAGGACCAUCAGAGAAGUGGAGUCUACAUCGGAGCAGGGGGGCAGAGAGGAAGCUCUAGCUAUGUCGGAGGAAUGGAGCCCCAUCAGAGAACUGCAGUGUACAUCAGAGCACGGGGGUGGAGAUGAAGCUCUAGCUAAGUCAGAAGAACCAAGUCUCAUCAGAGACGUGGAGUGUACAUCGGAGCAGGAGGGCAGAGAGGAAGCUCUUCGUAAGUUGGAGGAACAGAGUCCUGUCAGAGAACUGCAGUGUACAUCAGAGCACGAUGGUGGAGAGGAAGCUCUAGCUAAGUCAGAAGAACCAAGUCCCAGCAGAGAACUGGCUUGUACAUUGGAGCAGGAGGUCAUAGAGGAAGCUCUAGCUAAGUCGGAGGAACAGAGUCCUGUCAGAGAACUGCAGUGUACAUCAGAGCACCAGGGCAGAGAAAAAUCUCUAGCUAAGUCUGAGGAACAGAGGACUGUCAGAGAACUGGAGUGUGCAUCAGAGCACGAGGGCAAAGAAGAAGCUCAAGCUCUGUCGGAAGAACCACGUCCCAUCAGAGAACUGCAGUGUAUAUCAGAGCACGAGGGUGGAGAUGAAGCUCUAGCUAAGUCAGAAGAACCAAGUCCCAUCAGAGACGUGGAGUGUACAUCGGAGCAGGAGGGCAGAGAGGAAGCUCUACCUAAGUUGGAGGAACAGAAUCCCAACAGAGAACUGCAGUGUACAUCAGAGCAUGUGGGUGGAGACGAAGCUCUAGCUAAGUCAGAAGAACCAAGUCCCAGCAGAGAACUGGCUUGUACAUUGGAGCAGGAGGUCAUAGAGGAAGCUCUAGCUCAGUCGGAGGAACAGAGUCCUGUCAGAGAACUGCAGUGUACAUCAGAGCACGAGGGCAGAGAAAAAUCUCUAGCUAAGUCUGAGGAACAGAGGACCAUCAGAGAAGUGGAGUCUACAUCGGAGCAGGGGGGCAGAGAGGAAGCUCUAGCUAUGUCGGAGGAAUGGAGCCCCAUCAGAGAACUGCAGUGUACAUCAGAGCACGGGGGUGGAGAUGAAGCUCUAGCUAAGUCAGAAGAACCAAGUCUCAUCAGAGACGUGGAGUGUACAUCGGAGCAGGAGGGCAGAGAGGAAGCUCUUCGUAAGUUGGAGGAACAGAGUCCUGUCAGAGAACUGCAGUGUACAUCAGAGCACGAUGGUGGAGAGGAAGCUCUAGCUAAGUCAGAAGAACCAAGUCCCAGCAGAGAACUGGCUUGUACAUUGGAGCAGGAGGUCAUAGAGGAAGCUCUAGCUAAGUCGGAGGAACAGAGUCCCAUCAGAGAACUGCAGUGGACAUCAGCGCAUGAGGGUAGAGAGGAAGCUCUACCUAAGUUGGAGGAACAGAAUCCUGUCAGAGAACUGAAGUGUACAUCGGAGCUGGAGGCCAGAGAGGAAGCUCUAGCUCAGUCGGAGGAACAGAGUCCUGUCAGAGAACUGCAGUGUACAUCAGAGCACGAGGGCAAAGAAGAAGUUCAAGCUCUGUCGGAGGAACAGAGUCCUGUCAGAGAACUGGAGUGUGCAUCAGAGCACGAGGGCAAAGAAGAAGCUCAAGCUCUGUCGGAGGAACAGAGUCCUGUCAGAGAACUGGAGUGUGCAUCAGAGCACGAGGGCAAAGAAGAAGCUCAAGCUCUGUCGGAGGAACAGAGUCCCAACAGAGAAGUGGAGUGUACAUCCGAGCACGAGGGUGGAGAUGAAGUUCUAGCUAAGUCAGAAGAACCACGUCCCAUCAGAGAACUGCAGUGUACAUCAGAGCACGUGGGUGGAGACGAAGCUCUAGCUAAGUCAGAAGAACCAAGUCCCAGCAGAGAACUGGCUUGUACAUUGGAGCAGGAGGGCAGAGAGGAAGCUCUAGCUAAGUUGGAGGAACAGAGUCCUGUCAGAGAACUCCAAUGUACGUCAGAGCAUGACGGCAGAGAGGAAGCUCUAGCUAAGUCUGAGGAACAGAGUCCUGUCAGAGAAGUGGAGUGUUCAUUGGAACAGGAGGGCAGAGAGGAAGCUCUAGCUAAGUUGGAGGAACAGAGUCCUGUCAGAGAACUGGAGUGUACAUCAGAGCACGAGGGCAAAGAAGAAGCUCAAGCUCUGUCGGAGGAACAGAGGACCAUCAGAGAAGUGGAGUCUACAUCGGAGCAGGGGGGCAGAGAGGAAGCUCUAGCUAUGUCGGAGGAAUGGAGCCCCAUCAGAGAACUGCAGUGUACAUCAGAGCACGGGGGUGGAGAUGAAGCUCUAGCUAAGUCAGAAGAACCAAGUCUCAUCAGAGACGUGGAGUGUACAUCGGAGCAGGAGGGCAGAGAGGAAGCUCUUCGUAAGUUGGAGGAACAGAGUCCUGUCAGAGAACUGCAGUGUACAUCAGAGCACGAUGGUGGAGAGGAAGCUCUAGCUAAGUCAGAAGAACCAAGUCCCAGCAGAGAACUGGCUUGUACAUUGGAGCAGGAGGUCAUAGAGGAAGCUCUAGCUAAGUCGGAGGAACAGAGUCCCAUCAGAGAACUGCAGUGGACAUCAGCGCAUGAGGGUAGAGAGGAAGCUCUACCUAAGUUGGAGGAACAGAAUCCUGUCAGAGAAGUGGAGUGUUCAGCAGAGAACAAGGGUGGAGAUGAAGCUCUAGCUAAGUCUGAGGAACAGAGUCCUGUCAGAGAACUGCAGUGUACAUCAGAGCACCAGGGCAGAGAAAAAUCUCUAGCUAAGUCUGAGGAACAGAGGACUGUCAGAGAACUGGAGUGUGCAUCAGAGCACGAGGGCAAAGAAGAAGCUCAAGCUCUGUCGGAAGAACCACGUCCCAUCAGAGAACUGCAGUGUACAUCAGAGCAUGUGGGUGGAGACGAAGCUCUAGCUAAGUCAGAAGAACCAAGUCCCAGCAGAGAACUGGCUUGUACAUUGGAGCAGGAGGUCAUAGAGGAAGCUCUAGCUCAGUCGGAGGAACAGAGUCCUGUCAGAGAACUGCAGUGUACAUCAGAGCACCAGGGCAGAGAAAAAUCUCUAGCUAAGUCUGAGGAACAGAGGACCAUCAGAGAAGUGGAGUCUACAUCGGAGCAGGGGGGCAGAGAGGAAGCUCUAGCUAUGUCGGAGGAAUGGAGCCCCAUCAGAGAACUGCAGUGUACAUCAGAGCACGGGGGUGGAGAUGAAGCUCUAGCUAAGUCAGAAGAACCAAGUCUCAUCAGAGACGUGGAGUGUACAUCGGAGCAGGAGGGCAAAGAAGAAGCUCAAGCUCUGUCGGAGGAACAGUGUCCCAUCAGAGAUGUGGAGUGCACAUCCGAGCAUGAGGGUGGAGAUGAAGUUCUAGCUAAGUCUGAGGAAGAGAGUCCUGUCAGAGAACUGCAGUCUACAUCAGAGCAUGAGGGCAGAGAGGAAGCUCUACCUAAGUUGGAGGAACAGAGUCCUGUCAGAGAACUGGAGUGUACAUCAGAGCACGAGGGCAAAGAAGAAGCUCAAGCUCUGUCGGAGGAACAGUGUCCCAUCAGAGAUGUGGAGUGCACAUCCGAGCAUGAGGGUGGAGAUGAAGUUCUAGCUAAGUCUGAGGAAGAGAGUCCUGUCAGAGAACUGCAGUCUACAUCAGAGCAUGAGGGCAGAGAGGAAGCUCUACCUAAGUUGGAGGAACAGAAUCCUGUCAGAGAAGUGGAGUGUUCAGCAGAGAACAAGGGUGGAGAUGAAGCUCUAGCUAAGUCUGAGGAACAGAGUCCUGUCAGAGAACUGCAGUGUACAUCAGAGCACCAGGGCAGAGAAAAAUCUCUAGCUAAGUCUGAGGAACAGAGGACCAUCAGAGAAGUGGAGUCUACAUCGGAGCAGGAGGGCAGAGAGGAAGCUCUAGCUAUGUCGGAGGAAUGGAGCCCCAUUAGAGAAGUGGAGUCUACAUCGGAGCUGGAGGGCAGAGAGGAACCUCUACCUAAAUUGGAGGAACAGAGCCUCAUCAGAGAAGUGGAGUCUACAUCGGCGCAGGAGGGCAGAGAGGAAGCUCUAGCUCAGUCGGAGGAACAGAGUCCCAUCAGAGAACUGCAGUGUACAUCAGAGCAUGGGGGUGGAGAUGAAGCUCUAGCUCAGUCAGAAGAACCAAGUCCCAUCAGAGAAGUGGAGUCUACAUCGGAGCUGGAGGGCAGAGAGGAACCUCUACCUAAAUUGGAGGAACAGAGCCCCAUCAGAGAAGUGGAGUCUACAUCGGCGCAGGAGGGCAGAGAGGAAGCUCUAGCUCAGUCGGAGGAACAGAGUCCCAUCAGAGAACUGCAGUGUACAUCAGAGCACGGGGUUGGAGAUGAAGCUCUAGCUAAGUCGGAAGAACCAAGUCCCAUCAGAGAAAUGGAGUGUACAUUGGAGCAGGAGGGCGGAAAGGAAGCUCUAGCUAUGUCGGAGGAAUGGAGCCUCAUCAGAGAAGUGGAGUCUACAUCGGAGCUGGAGGGCAGAGAGGAACCUCUACCUAAAUUGGAGGAACAGAGCCCCAUCAGAGAAGUGGAGUCUACAUCGGCGCAGGAGGGCAGAGAUGAAGCUCUAGCUCAGUCGGAGGAACAGAGUCCUGUAAGAGAACUGGAGUGUGCAUCAGAGCACGAGGGCAAAGAAGAAGCUCAAGCUCUGUCGGAAGAACCACGUCCCAUCAGAGAACUGCAGUGUAUAUCAGAGCACGAGGGUGGAGAUGAAGCUCUAGCUAAGUCAGAAGAACCAAGUCCCAUCAGAGACGUGGAGUGUACAUCGGAGCAGGAGGGCAGAGAGGAAGCUCUUCGUAAGUUGGAGGAACAGAGUCCCAUCAGAGAACUGCAGUGGACAUCAGAGCAUGAGGGCAGAGAGGAAGCUCUAGCUAAGUCUGAGGAACAGAGUCCUGUCAGAGUAUUGGAGUGUUCAUUGGAGCAGGAGGGCAGAGAGGAAGCUCUAGCUAAGUCAGAAGAUCCAAGUCCCAUCAGAGAACUGGAGUGUACAUCAGAGAAUGAGGGUGGAGAGGAAGCUCUAUCUAAGUCAGAAGAUCCAAGUCCCAUCAGAGAAGUGGAGUGUACAUCAGAGAAUGAGGGUGGAGAGGAAGCUCUAUCUAAGUCAGAGGAACAGAGUAUAACCAAGAAGGCGCUGUGGCCAUCAAAGGACCAGAUCGAGAUUGUGGAGGACAAACAUUGUGUCACUUGUGGAGCCAAGAGCACCAAGUCACAGCCCCCUCCAGAGCAGCGUAACAACACCAGUUCCACAGGCCCAGAGAAUAUCUUUAUUCCUGGGCAUGGAAAUCAGAGGACUGAUGAUGUUCAGGUGUAUUAUGGGAGCCUGGUGGAGUUCCCAGAGGCUCUGGUUAAACUCCAGUCCCUUCCCGUAUCCACCCUCCUGGGCUGUCUCCAGUCCGUCCUCCCCUCCGUCUUCACCUCACAGAGACUACUGGCUCUCUACUGGCUGGGCGUGGCCAACUGCAGCCAGCCCCACCCACACCUCGCCCUUGUUCUCCUAUUGGAGUCCUGCCUCUACGCCCUGACCUUUGACCCUGACACGACAGAUCAGACAAUGCCUCUGACAGUGUUCCAACACCUCCCCCUGCUACAGGUUAAGGAGAUCCUGGUGGGUUUUGGCGGUCAGAGCCUGCGUCUCAAGGCCUCCAGUGAGGAGUGUGUCCUCACCCUCUACACCCACAGCCAGACCCUCACCCAGGCCCUCACCCACACCAUGCUUGGGGUCCUCUGUCCUGGGGACCAGAGAGUGUCCCAACACCCCCUCCUGGUAGAGAACCUGAUGGUUCUGUCUCUGGACUGGAAGGCCCAGGCACCUGACCUGCUGCUGAAUGCUGAACUCAGGCUGUCUGGCCAGUUCCACAGGACCCUAGCUGACCUGGUCUACCUCGUCCACGGCAACAUGAACCGAGAGAAGCCUCAUCUGGGAGAGGUUAGGCUGCUGCUUUACACCAGUGUUGGUGUGACAACGACCCCUGACCCCAGACCUGACCCCUGGGCCCAGCUCCUCCUCACAGACACACACCUGGGACUGGUGCAGGAGGAUACAGUGUUCCACCCCGCCCCCCACCACGUCCCCCUGCUGUCCCGCCAGGCCCAGUUCAAGGGGGUGACCCUCCGUUGCCUCUCUGACGUCCAAUGUGUGAUAGUCCGAGACUGGGUUGGGAGCUCGACCAGUGUGUGUGGAGAUGGAGCCGGGGAUGAAGGUGGGGCAACCAGGCUGGACAUCAUCCUGUCUCAGGACUGGAGGACCAGGAGAGAGAGGCCUAGAGGUCACCCUGAAAGAGGUGCUGUUGCUGAAGCUGAUGGAAGUGCGGUAGGGGGGGUAGCUGGAGCUAGUGUCCUGUCUGCUGCCUCUAAUUCAUGUCCUCCGCAGCAGCAGGCUGAAAUAUGGAAAUUACAUUUCAGCUGCUCCUCCGAGGCCGCCUGUCUGAUUAAUCACUUGUCAAACGUCUGAAUGGUCACUGAUCAAGGACUAGAGGACUGGACAGAACAUAAUGAACUACAGCUUAGACGGGUACCAGUUCUGUCCGGUCCUAACUCUCAUCGAGAGAACGGCAGGGUGUGUAUUUGCUCACUGAGUGGCAGUCAAGGGUCCAAUGUAUCUCAAGCAAACAAUGGAGAAUAUCGCUACCAUUAAAUUAUUUAGGGCCAGUUUCCCGAACACAGACUAAGCCUAGUCAUGGACUAAACAGCAGGCUCAAAAGACAAUAUCCUUAUUCCUUAUAGUCUAGAGAACAGGCCCAUAGAGUAAAGUAUAACAUUGAUUUGUUUAAGUUUUGGUGAAUGUUUCCAUGCACAUAGUUCUAGGAAAUUUCUAAAUCAAAUGUGCCUUUUACUUUCACAUUCAUUUAAAGAGACUCCGGGACAUGACGUGGUAGUGGUCCAUAGUGGGUCAAUUUCCGCAAAAACUAAGAGCAUUGAAGCGCGAGGCUCAACUUCUCCUCUGUCUUUGUAGCUACCAGCGAACACAUGCGCAUGAGCAGAUAUUGUGUGACUGAGAGCGAAGUCUAGAAUCUCGCGCAUCUCAAUAUUUGUGGAGCGGCUUGUGGCCAGAUAAUUUCGCAGUCUACCUUUUUAAGUCUUUCUGAACUGCACUAUAUUUAUUUGUUUAUCUUCUGUUCAACGCUGUUUCAGUCUGUUCAUGCUGUUUUUGUUCACACUGUGGAGGGAACACAGGACACUUGGUUCUACAGAAUGUAAGCUAUUAUAAGGGAAGAUGUGAAGGGCACAAAUAAUAGCAGGGUAAAGCUUUUUAAGGGAAGAUGUGAAGGGCACAAAUAAUAGCAGGGUAAAGCUUUUUAAGCAUAUUUGCACAUUUGACCACAAAACAGACCAGUGUUAAAUAUUAAAAUGUUUGCGUUUUAUGGACAUGUAUACAAUGAAUGUAUUUUAUACCAAAUAAAGUCAUGCAAUUUAAAUAAAAUAUUCUGAAUAUUUGCCUGUCAUAAUUUGACACUCGUGUGUAAAACUACAUGUAUUAAAAUGAUCAUGUUUACAAUGCUGCA